AUUAUGUCUGGUUUAUCAGUAACUUCUUAUACUCUGUUGCAAACAAACAAGAAGUGAUUGGCUGUUUGGAAGAAGGUGGGAUGGUGGUGGUAUUGGUGUUACAGCGUUUCUGAUGGUGGUUUGUUUGUUUGUGUGUGGGGGUUUUUCAGCUCGUGUAGUUUGUUGUAAUAUUAUUUCCUAACUGGAGAAAUUAAAUAUUCAACCAUAGCUGUGGCUGGUUUGAGAUUGUAGAACCAUACACAUAGAUUAUCUCGGACUUGUGCUGGGCUGGAACUUCUUUUCAGACCCUGACGUACUGUUAUCCCCCCCUCUCAGCUCCUGCUCCAGGCGGCUCAUCCGGGCAUGCUCCUUAAGCCAAAGUAUGGCCGCUUUCGCAACGAGUCUGUGACCUCCUCUGACGACCUGAUGCAGAGCCUAGCCAUGAGCGGCAAAGUUGUGGCCACGCCGGUAGUCCCCUCCUCCACCCCGAGCCUCCCUCUGCCUCCCCUGCCUCCUCUGGAUCCCAGCACCAGGACCUCCUCCUCUGCUGGGGCUGCAGCCCUGGCUGACUCCCCUUGCCUGGAUGGGGAACAGGAUGCCACCACAACCUUCUGCAUGCUCAUCCCUAAGAUGCCCCAGUGGAAGUUCUCCAACUCCUUGCUCAGCCGGAGCCCAUCCAACUCCAGCUCCAGCUCCAGCUCUAGCAAGGACUCGAGCAAGGCAGCAGCUCCUUCCCAGGCCUCUGUCUCCCCCUCUUCGACAUCCCACAGGCCCAGCGUUGCCACCUCUGCCAGCGGCCCUGUGGCCAGUCUUGCGGCUGUGCUCAACUCCUGUGACCCUGUGUGUAUCACCCCCUGUUCCCUACAGGCCAUCCGGGGCCAGAGAGCGGUUGCAGCGGCAAACUCUGCCAGUCCGGGAGGGCACGGAUUUGGGGCCACAGAGGUCAUGGCGAGCCCUGGCGGUUCCAGCAGCUCCAGGUCAGGGAUGAACCGCAGGACGAGGGUGGAAGGCAUGUGGCUGGGGGGAGAAGACUUCAACCAGAAGGGCAGCUUCAUCCACAAACCCUCCCAGGGCUGGCUGCACCCUGACAAGAAGAUUGCAGGACCAGGAGCCUCUUAUAUUGUCAGGUACAUGGGCUGCAUUGAAGUGUUGAAGUCAAUGCGCUCCCUGGACUUCAACACCCGAACUCAGGUGACGAGGGAAGCCAUCAACAGGCUCUGUGAAGCUGUGCCAGGAGGAAAGGGGCCAUGGAGGAAGAAGGCACUGAACAAAGCUCUCCAGUCCAUUAUGGGGAAGAGUAACCUACGAUUUGCAGGCAUGAGUAUCGCAGUCAAUAUUUCCAUAGACGGCCUUGGUCUGCUCAUCCCGACCACGCGACAGGUGAUAGCGCACCAUCCCAUGCAGUCAAUCUCAUUUGCCUCUGGGGGAGACACAGACACGCCUGAUUAUGUGGCGUAUGUGGCCAAAGACCCAGUGAAUCAGAGAGCAUGUCAUAUCCUGGAGUGCUCGGACGGUUUAGCCCAGAGUGUCAUCAGCACCAUCGGCCAGGCCUUCGAGCUGCAGUUCAAACAGUACCUGCACAGUCCUCCCAAAACAAUGGCAUCUAUGGAGAGGUCUGUCAGGCCAGAAGAGCCAAUGUGGGGGGAGGAUGAGGACUUCUCUGAGCACGAUUACUACAACAGCAUCCCAGGGAAGGAGCCUCCUGUUGGGGGUGUAGUGGACUCCAGGCUCAGGCCCAGUGGAGCACCUCUGGGUCACAUCCACACCCAGCCACAGAGCAAGACAGCAGCACAUAUGGGCUCACCAGCCAGGAGGGAGCAAGCAUCUUACCCCCCUGGUCAGCUGUGUUAUGAGCUCCACUGGGACACUGAGACCACAAGCAGCUCAGGUCUGACAUCAGAUGGUUACCUGUGUGCUGACGGCCAACCGUCUGGCAGCAGAGACUAUGAGGAGCAUCAGUAUGUUAACACCCAGAGUCUGGAAAACCUGGAUUCAUUAGCACAGGGGUCCAGUGGACACAGAGGAGGCAGGGCACCCGACAGUCCCAAGAAAGAUCUCUUUGACAUGAGGCCCUUUGAGGAUGCGCUGAAGCUCCACGAGGCCAGUGGUGGCUCCAGUACAUGCACCGCAGCUGGAGGUGCUCAGGCUGGAGGGGGCGGCGUCCGGAUCCUGGAGGACCAGUGGCCCAGCCCUCCACGCCGUCGAGCUCCUGUGGCUCCAAAUGAGGAGCAGCUCCGCAGGGAGACCUGGUACCACAGCCGCAUGAGCCGAAGAGACGCGGAGAAACUCCUGGUCCGAGACGGAGAUUUCCUCGUCCGGGAGAGCACGACCAACCCCGGACAGUAUGUGCUGACGGGCAUGCAUUGCGGCCUUCCCAAACACCUACUGCUAGUGGACCCUGAGGGAGUGGUGCGAACCAAAGACAUGUUAUUUGAGAGCAUAAGCCACCUUAUCUCAUACCACCUAAAGAAUGAGCUGCCUAUUGUAGCAGCAGAGAGUGAGCUCCACCUCAAACAGGUGGUCAGGAGGAAACAGUGAGCCACCUGCCCCUGCAUGGGAGGAGAUGAAUUUUUGCUUGCCCAUGCGAAAAACUAUAGAAAACCCAUAACUAGAAAUCAUUUAUCCCUGAUGGAUAUUUAUUUGGAACAAAGGAUAUCACUGACACUUUCUUCCAUGAACAACUCAGCCAAGGAGAGUAUGGCAUCUGACAUCUCCUUGUACUUUCUCUGCCUGUUGGCCUACCAGGAUCAACUGAACUAUCCCUCAUCUGUCAUAAACUCCUCAGCAUGCAGCUAUUAAGCUAACAAAUCAAUCACAAUCCACAGCUGGACUUAACCCUGGGCUGGAUAAUUGUCAAUCAGUGUGACUGUUCGAACAGAACCCAACUUCAGGAAAUCACAUAAGGAUUUGAUGCACAGUGAAGAAAUUUCCUACAAUGCCUGCACCAGUGAUGUGCUUCCAGUCUAACGUGGCUUACCCUACCAGUCAGUCACAGAACAAAACUGAUCAAAUCACCAGAACAAAACUGUCACUGAUUAUUUGGUGCAGGUAUUAAAAAAACAAAAGAUGUCAGGUUCCAUAUUCAGUAGUUCAUUUCAGUAUAAAGGCAAGAAAUGAAAAUGCUGUGAUUGUAAGAGACAAUUGAAGAAACGUCUGUCUCGUUGGACUGUACAGAAUGUUACGUGUUCACAGGUCCUGCAGUACCUGACUCUGAGAUGGCACAAUGGAAACACACUGGACACGAUUCAGUACUGUACUGAAAUUUUGUCUGUCUUUUUUGUUUCUCCAUAAUAAUCUAAGUACCAAAUCGCACUUUUUAAAAAAACAAAAAAACAUGCAGUCAUACUGUAUCUUCAUAUAUAGACAGCCAAGUGAACAUAAAACUUGAAAGUGAGAAGUCUUAACACAUUCACCAUGAAUAUCAGUUGUUUGUGUUGUGUUUGUAAGGGCUGUUCAUAAUUAGUUCAAAACAUAUUCUGUGUGCCGUAUAGUCCUGUGAGAACUAUUGGUCCGACUGUACUCUGAGGUCAAACUAAUACUACAUCCUGGGUUAAAAACAUACAAUGUCACUAUAUCCAUGCCUGUAUUUCCCCAACCCCUUUCAACUUCAGUGCCUUAAUAACUACAGAGACAGGCAUUUGUGUCAGAGUGUAUAUAAUGUGCAUUUAGGCUCCUAAUGCAAAAGAUUAGUUUUCUUGACAUGCCAAUGAAUGACUGAACAAACUUCAGGAUGAUUAAGCUCUUAUACUUGUGAACAGUAAUCUAAGCUGCUCUUGUUUUGGGGUGAAUAAUGUUUAAUACUGUCUUAUUGUGGUCAUGAUUGUCGUGUCUUCAUGUGCAUCUGUUAGAACAUUCCCCUUAGAUUAAUCUUUCUGUUUUCUUUGAAGCAAGCCAUAGAUAGCACUCCUCAACAGUGAUUGAUAUUAAAGACAGGGGGAUUUGGACUUGAAAUUAAAUCCUUUAUUUGUCCCGGCUCAGGGAAGUACAUCAGUUUAUCGAUUGUCCUUAUCCCACGUCUUUGUAUAUCUCAAUGACUUGCUUGUCUUAUUUCUGUUCUUCGGCUGCACUGACAGCAAAUUUCCUGCCCUAUUUUUUGCCAAUCUAAUACUUUUAAAUCUUGCUAGAGGUAGGUCAUAUCCUUUUUUGCAUUUCUCUCUGUGUCAUUAGCAACAUAUCUUUGAUCUGUCCCCUCGCUGUUCCUAGCUGCAGCCUCAUGAAUGCACAGAGAGAUGAGGUGAGCUGCAAGGCUUUUGGUGAGGUCCAAAUGAUUCAGUGUAAUUUUUUCAGAUCUCCCAUUUUGCGUUCUCAGGAAUUUCUCGGAUCUUUUCUCCUUUGAUUAACCUUAUUGGCUUUUUUGUCAAUAAAUUUAAUUCAAGAGUUAAUUAAAGAAAUUCAAAUGCUA